AUGCCUGGGGAGAGGGUUGAUAUGAAGCUCAACGUUCCAAUUGACGGGGGCUCAGGUACUUCCGAUGUCGAAAACUCGUGUCUUGUGCGUCUUGUUGAUACCUCCUUGAAGAACUUUGAGAAAUUCAAAGAAUCCGUGAUCGACUUAAACAAGUAUGCAGAUGAACUUCAGAAUAAACGUCAUUCUCACUACAGCGACUACUUUCUUGAUAGUACAAAGGCGGCUUUCAAUGCAAUCGGUCUAUCCUACCUUCAUACGAGUCCAGUGAAGAAGUCCAUUGAGAGACGUAUCGUUUGUCCUAUGUUUGGUGGACCCAUUUACAGACGGUUAGCAAUCUCCAACGCAGUAGCGCGUAAAGGAGGUGCUGAAGGACCGGUUAAUGCGUCACCUCCAGAGUCGGUUGAUGCUGUGUCGAAGCCGCGGCUUCGUGAAUUCUUCCCAGAGGUUUGGCUCUUUGACCACGUGAAACUCAACCAAGCUGGGCAAUAUGCAACACAGUUAACUGCGCCGGACAGCAUCACUAGUUGGGAGUUCACAGCCCUCUGCUUCACCAAAGAUCUCGGACUCUGGAUGCCACCCAGACUGGAGCCCGAGGCAAUCACCGUCUCACUGCCCUUCUACGUCGAAUUCACACCCCCAGUGAAGGCCAAGCGACAAGAGGUCUUGCACUUGCCUGUCAGUGUCUUCAUGCUGUCGACCAAUGGAGGUGCAGAUGAAAAGACUUGUUACGAGGUUCUCGUGUCAGUGUCUGUGGACCCCAAGGACUGGCAGUUGAUUGGCACUUCCGAAUUCAGCACUUGCCUGUGUCAGAGUGAUCCAAAGACCACAUUCACACUGGCUCUCAAACCGCAGAAGCUGGGGCGACUGAAUGUGACAGCAGAGGCCGUGGCGAAGUCGGAAUCAGCCAUGUGCAGCAAAGGACCUGUGUCCAGCCAACAGAAAGCCUCCGUGACAGAUGCUGUUCGACGUUCAGUUCUCAUCGUACCCGAGGGCGUGGAAGCUGAGACGAAUGUGGGUGGAGUGCUGUGCCUUUCCGAUGGCGGAAUGCCGUUGACGGACGUAAUGCAGUUGGACCUGCCUGAUCGCAUAGUGGAGGGUUCACUGCGCAGCUAUGUCUCCGUGAGCGGCAAUGUGCUCGGUAAGGCCCUGAAGAAUCUGGAUAAUCUGGUUCGCCUACCAACGGGCUGUGGUGAGCAGAAUAUGGUGAAGGUGGCACCGAGCGUAUACGUGCUGAAGUAUUUGGUUGCAGCGACAGACCUGCAUGAGGCCGAAACCAAGAAGUUGGCACAGACUGCAAUCAACUACAUUGGCAGCGGCUACACAAACCAGCUCAACUAUCGUCAUGAUAAUGGCUCGUUCUCAACUUUCGGACAGUCGCACGGCAUCGGCAGUACCUGGUUAACAGCCUUCGUAUUCGGGGUUUUCAGCGAGGCUGAACGGUUGCUACAGGCGAAGGCGCUAGACAAGUUGCGAACUACCAACACUGAUUUCUAUCCCACAAUCUCAACGGCCUUCGACUUUCUGAGUGCAGUACAACGUGAAGACGGCUGUUUUGCGGAGUAUGGGCGAGUGUUUCAGUCAGACCUGCACGUCGCAGACAGUUCUCCAAAGGCGAAACUCCUGAAGGAUCUCCUGCUAACUUCCUAUGUCCUUUCAGCACUGGUUGACGCGCCUGUGGCCCUGAAAGAAAGCAAAUUUAAAUCGUAUUCUACUACCAUGGAGUUGGCCAAUAGAUGUCUAUUGGACACAAUGGAGGCGUAUAAUGUCACCGAAAUUCCCCAACGAGCUCUUGCCAAAGUGGCCUAUGCACUCAGACGUCUUCCCGCUCUCCGAAAAUCGAUUGAACAGCAGGAGCUUGUUUACAGAGAGUUAGCGAACAGGGCAUCUGAAAAGAAGUCCCGAAGCGGAGCUUUGCGCUGGUGGAACGAUGAGAAUACAGCUUAUCCCGCCUCGGAGGUCGAGACGACGGCCUACGCGUACCUCGCUCUGGCGGAGUCUCAGCCUAUCACCCAAUUGCUGCCCACUAUCCGCUGGCUGUCUACACAACAGAAUGAGCAGGGUGGAUUCUACUCCACACAGGACACUGUUGUGGCUCUACGGGCAUUGGCACAUGCGGCUGGUCAGUUACAUCUU